AUGACCCUGUUGGAAGUGGAUCCCGACAAGAAGGUCCAGUCUGGUCUCGCAUCGCCAGGCUCACCAGCGGAACGCCGUUCAACUUUCUCACUUCCAUUUGUAUUUAAGACCCCAACAAGAAGGCUCAGUAUCAUACACCCGCCCGAUCUUUCACCAACUUGUGCCGAAAGAGGUCAUUAUCCUGUGUUCAAUCCACUAGACCCACGGCACAAUCCAUCAGCAACGUCGUCAUGGCGGCGCCAGGAGAGCCAGACUUCAUCUUCUGACUCUCAGAAGCAAUCCCACUGGGUCCAAGACUUCCCUCGCCGAUCCCUCCACAAGGCUCGAUCUGGCUUACUGGCUCUCAGAGCAGGCUUUCUUCGCCGCCACCGUCCAAGUAUGAGUAUGGAAAUUACACCGGCUCGACGUCCAGAGGCAUCGAGUGCUAGUACACAGGAAGAUUUGAGUUUUGGCGUUGCUCUUUAUCGAACCAAUGUGCCAUGGCCGCCAACUGAAGAUGAGCCCAGCAUCGAUGUCCUGAUGAGAGCCGCCGCAUUCCAUCCGCUAGCUAACAUUGCAUCAGCGCCAGAGGUGCGAGAAUUCCCAGUUUGGGGAUUCCAUGAUCCAGAUGCAGUAUUUUCCCAUGACGUGAGUAUGGUUUUUCACCAACCUGCAAGCAAAGUCAGUUGCGACGGUAUCCUUGAUUGCCAGAACUCACACUCCCAUGAAGUGAAAGCCCACAAGGAUGAUCAAGAAACUGGCGAUAUGGAGCCAAAGACGACGUCAAUUCGUGAUGCUCAUCCUUUGGCGUCAACAGAUUGGGAAACAAUAGAAUCUUCCUCAACAAGCUCCACUGGUGGACAGGUGGAGAGCUCGAGGAAUGUCGAUAGUGCUCAAGCUGGACAUUUGCAAGAGCAAAUAACCGCUUUGCAUUCUACUCGAAAGAUACUAACCGACGGUGAUAUUUCCAUGUCACACGAAGAGAUCGAGUCUGAUAAUGGAUAUCUUGAUUCGCCGUCAUUGAAUCAACAUAUUUUGGAUAAUAGAAGGGGCUCAUUUAUGCGACGUUCCUCUGGUGUAUUGAGUACUCUCAGCUCAAACACUUCUCACAGGCGGAGGAUGAGCUGGAUUCAAUCCGAAGCAUUCGUAACCCAGGAUCGGCUUUUGUUGUUCGACCAAGGACCACCAAGCUCUGCAGCUGGCACCCAUAACAGUCGCUUCACCCACGGUGAACUUCCUUUUGAUACACCCCACCAGAUAUACGAAGAGGCUAUGUUAUUUGACCCCCUGAGCAGCAGCUCUCACCUGGUGGAGAGCAUUUUCCCAGAGUCAGACCCAAGGAAUGAUUUAGCUCUUGAAGAUGAGGAACUGAAUCCAACAGAAGAUGCGUUUACCUUUAAUUCCAACAUUGAUACGCAGCCAAGUUCAGGACCCAUCACUCAACCUGAAGAGCGCCGUCAUUCAUUUGGCCUGCAUAUUUCUAUGAUGAAUGUAGGGAUCUCGUUCACGAUCACAUCACUAGAUGAUUAA